UAGACAUGUGGAAAGAAAUAUUAGUGGUGUUAGUUAUUUCUUGUACAGUUGCCACCUCUUCUAAGGUUGAAUGUAGACAUGAUUCACAGUGUGGUUCAGAUGAAUGUUGUUACUACCAUGAAGGGCCGUUGAUGGUUAGUAAGAGAAGACAGGUUGCUUUUUUACCUGUCACAGCACCGAUUAUGUUUCAAGGUGGAUGGUGUGAAAAAUACAAGAAACAAGGUGAAUACUGCAAUUACUUUAGCAAGAUGAAUGGUCACUGUGAUUGCGGAGCUGGACUGAAGUGCACUUACAUAGCAGAUCCGACAUUGCCUCCAAUUACCCCGUCAGCAGCAAUGACAGCAGAACACAAGCGAAUGGUGUUAUUUGGUGGACAUACUGAAUGCCAACCAAUACCUUCAACAUAA